GUGGAGGGUGGUUGGGGAACAAUCCCAUCCCUGGGAGAAUCUCCCCGCUCCCACAGCUCCAUCCCCACACCCUCCAAGGAUGUCGGUCUGAGGCUGCAGACAGAGCCCGGGGGACCAGCACCCCGCGCUGUAAGGGUGAGCGGCGCUGUGUCCACCGCGGACUCAAAAAGUCCAGCCCAGAGCCUGCGGGCGGCUGGGGUUUCUGCAGGGGGCUUGAAACCCACAAAGAUGCCGGAGAGGGAGGGGAGAUGCGCGGCGAGGAGGGGGAGGCAGGACACUUCGUGAGAUCAUUGCUUCUCCUGAGGCCAGAGGGAACGAGGGGCCACGACCACGCUGGAAUCUGCGCGCCUGGCCGCCGCCCAGCGCACCGCUCGCUCGGCCCUCUCUGCCCAGCGCACGGAGCCAGGGGCUCCCGGUCCAUCGCGCCCUGCCCACCCCGCUGUCCAGCCGCCGCGGAGUCCCGAUAUCCGCAGCCAGGCCGGAUGACUGGGCGCUUGGCCGCUGACAUGGGGGCUGGUCCGGGCCGGCAACCAGAAGGAGCCUGAUGGGUGCUCGGCCUCCCCAGACCGAUGCCGCCCAAAGGGAAGAGCGGGGGGCCCUCUGCACAGGCGCCCGCCGCCGGCGCGCGGGGCUGGUUGCCGGAGCUGCGGUCCCCCGCGCUGUGCUGCGCCUGCGGCCUGUGCGUGCUGCUGGCGGGCCUGAACGUGACCCUGGUGGGUGCCUUCGCCUCCUUCCCGCCCAAGCACUACGCGCCGCUGGUGGCGGGGCCGGCGCUGCUGGCGGUGGCGCUGGGCCUGUUCGCCGCCUGCUGCGCUUGUAGCCGCCGGGGCCCCGGGGCCCGCCCGCAUUCGGCGGCCGCCAAGGGUCCGCGCCGGGGCGGCGGCGGCGGGCCGGUGGCGCUGGAGAUGGAGAGCAGCGAGCGCACGGCGCAGGACACCACGGCCAUUCAGUUCAGCCCCACCGCCUCGUCCGCGUCCUCCGGCCGCUCCAGCACCGGCCCCACCCCCCGCCCCUUCACCCUGGAAGCCUCCGCGCCUGCAGCCGCCGACACGCCGCGCACCAACGGGGAGCGCCUCAACCUGCCCCGGGAGCGCGCCGCCCCCUAGCGGCCGGGGCCCUCUCGGACUCUCCUGGCCCAGGUCCCUCCGUUCAGUGCUAAAAAACAAACAAACAAGACAAGAGAAAGGACAUUUACAUAAGGGUCUGGUGCUGAGCACAGGUGGCCUCAUGUGUCCCACCUCUAGGACUGUUAGGGGGCGAAUGGGUCGAGGCAUGCCCCUCACCCCAGGAGGGGGCAGCUCCCUGGCCCUUUAGGUGGAGUGUGCUGGGCCCUACAUUACUUCGCUCUCAGACCGAAUGAAACUGGGCCUCUGGACCUCCAGUCCCUAACACCACUACCCAGGGCAUUUGGACACGGAACAAAGGCACUCUGAGAGGGACUAACUGCCGGGGGUGGGAGGAAAGGGGAGAAGGGGAGCAGUAUCAGCCUGGCUGUCUCCUGCCCCUACACACUGAGAGAUCACCAGCUCUCCCUUCUGACCAGCUCUCCCUUCUGCUCCUCCCCGCCCUCCUUAUCUCUACUCCAUGACCUUUGGGGAUUAGUUGAGGAGGAUGGAGGUUCUGAUUUGAGCUAGGAUAGUUUCUAAGGUAGAACUGGGUUGUACACACCCCUACCCUCAACUUGGGUGCAGGGGGAGCUGAGGUUAGGGCCCGACGGAGUGACCCAAUGAGGGCUCCUCCUGCGCAUUCUCUCUGUGCUCACUUCUCAAUAAAGCACCUUGGAGUCAA